GAAGUAACGGGUGUUUCCUGUUUUCAACUCAUACGUACCAAUAUGUCGACUUGAAGUUAAAUGUCACGACACCAUCAGCUGAAAACAUGGCUUCUGUACGAGACAAUUUAAUAGAAACAGCAGCUCUGGGGAGACCAUUUCAUCUGGGAAUGCUGUAUGACUGCAGAAAUGAUACAAUAGUACCAGGAAUGACACUUUGGGAUCAAGAGCAGCUGCAGCAGAACAUAGAUGUUAAACCACAAAAUAAUACAGAAUUCCGAGUUACAACUUCAGACACAAUUGAUGAAAAAGCAAAGCACCUGAAAGUUGAUGGUGAACUGAAACUGAGUCUUUUGGGAAGUCUAGUCACAAUAAGUGGUGCAGCCCGAUAUUUCAAUGACACCAAAAAGUCAUUUAUACAAGACAGGUUGACGCUGCACUACAGAACAACCACUAAGUUCGAGCAGUUGACUAUGAACCAUCUGGCUAAAGGAAAAAUGGGUCACCAUGAGGUGUUUGAUCAUGAUGUAGCAACACAUGUGGUUACAGCAGUGCUGUAUGGAGCUGAUGCUUACUUUGUGUUUGAUAGAGAAAAUAAUUUAUCUAAGGAGACAACAAAUGUAGAAGUAGAAGGAAAGAUUUCAUUGGAUAAGCUGAAGAGUCUUCUUUCUGUUGGGGCACAUGCAGCAUUAAACAUGAAUGAAAAUGACAAGAAAGUCGCAAAACAACUGAGCUGUACAUUUUAUGGGGAUUUUAUUUUGCCCUCAAAUCCAGCGACUUUUGAUGAAGCUAUGAAGGUUUACACUGAUCUUCCUAAGAUGCUUGGAGAAAAUGGAGAACAUGCAGUUCCAGUGAGGGUUUGGCUUUAUCCUCUGGUUAAACUGGACCCAAGAGCAGCCAAACUUGAAAGAAACAUCAGCACAGAUGUAAUUAGAGCUGUGGAGUCAGUAAUUGAAGCUUUAAAUGUCACAAACAUGAAAUGUGGUGACUUGUUACAAGACACAGUGGCAAAAUCUUUUACCACAUUUUAUAAACAAGUGCAGGAUUUUCAGAAAUUCUGCUACGAGUACAAGCAAGAUUUCAUGAAAAAGCUCGGGUUCCUUCUGCCAGACAUCCGUGGAGGUAAAACAGAUAUCAGUGCCGUAAGUGAUCUCAUACAAGCCCAUGAGAAAUCUCCUUUUAAUACUCGUGAUCUUCAGCAGUGGAUAACAGAGAAAGAAAAAAAAAACAUCCAAAUAAAAACAGUGCUGAAGCAGCUCUGUGACCUUGGUGCAGAAGUGAAUGAUGACAUACACAAAUAUCUACUGGACUUGAACGUGGAAAAAUUGGUUGCUUAUGCAUUUAACUGUCUUCAGUAUUCAGAUCUUCUCCUGACUAAACAAAAGAUCUACCUGAACCCUUCAACAAUGAAAAAUUUCAGUGAAAAUACACCUGAUCCAGAUUUUCAGGAAAAAUCAUGGACUUCUGUUGAGCUCAUGCACAUGAAGAACAAUUAAAAAUCUUUA